AUGGGUGGCCAGGCAGACAAUACCAUUGACGAUGAAACCGGAUCUACCGUCAGUUUCGAGGAAGUUGACUACAGGCGCACCACCAAGAAAAGCCAGGCUCUGGUAGCCAGGGGAAGCCUGGAAGAGGAGACACCAUCGGACAUCCUAUACGUUCUGCAAUACUUGGGCAUCGGUGGCAAAGUCAUCGACAGCCGGGAGAGCAGCAAUCCAUUCAAGGAGAUCCCCGACUACGGGAAGAAGGACGGCGAGACCACUCAGCGGACUGUCAAUUCCGUGCUCGAGAUCGUGACAAAGGUCAACACUAAUGCCAAGAUCAGACGUGUGCGUCGUCGUAGCUCUCCGCACAUUACCUAUCCCGACGAUGAUUACACGUCGGCAUCUUCAGACAGCGAGGAUGAUGAGCGCGCGAAGGCCGGGAAGAUCGAGCGCACGCAGAUGAUCAUCCACUCGCCGCACCUCAUUAACGCAUUGAGGGCGGUUGUAGCAUAUUAUCCACACGUCAAUCUUCUAGGAGACACGGUGACCAUUGAUGCUCCCUACCGCGUCAUCGUACACCACAUCAACGCCCUCAGGCAGUACAGAUUCCACCAGCCUGCUGGCCACUCCACGGAGUACGCUCGUCUGACGGCGAACCACAUUGAUGUUCUUCUGAAUUUCAUCGACCAGGCUGUCGGGGAGUCUAUCCGCGCUGAAGAGGAACGUCACCGUCGCAAUGUCCCAGUUGCGACCUUCCAGAACUAUUGGAUGGCCCUCAAGCCAGGCGAGGUCAUCUACGUUAACCAUGAUGAUCUCUGGGAGCCCCACGUCAUUAGUAGCACUUAUCAGGACGUCUCUCCGACCGGACGCAACAAUCGCCACUUGCAGGUUGUUGCCUGGGUUCUCGAGAUGGGCCACAACCGGAUGAAUCGAAAGAUGUCCCAGUUCACCAUCCCUUCGUGGACCGGCGAGCAGAUCAUCCCUUCGCUGAAGAUUAUUCCGGCUUUCUUCUUCCAGAAUGACCCGCAAGCAAUGCUCCAGAAGCAGUUGAGGCUUGGCAAGCUAUACUGGGAGCUUCUCCAACGCCCAACCUAUAUGGAGUAUGACGGAAUGCUUGUGCAGGCUCAACCUGGGUCUCACUCGGGCCCAAUCUUCAGCCGUGGUCCAUCGGGUUAUAUGACGGGCCGAGUGAUUUGCGACGCCGAGGGCUUUGGUCGUUUCAACUUCCGCGCACCAGAGAACCGGAACGGCCCCCCAGGUCCGCCACGUCAAGUGGUACCUCCAGGCAUGAUGCCUGGCCAACACCAUGGACCACCGCCUGCCCAAGACCAUCUCCCACACUUUCUUCCUCGUUGCGGCUGCCAGGAAUGCGCCAAGGAAACCGAUCGCACCGACUUGUCACCCUUCGCAGGCUUCGACGACAUCAACCCUCUGACGUCGCCGGCCCCUACCUCUGACAUCUUCUACAUUGCCUGCACCAACAUCAUCCCAGCCUUCCUUCUCGGCGACCGCCGUUGGGGCCACUUGAACCUCGACCACGUGAAGCCCGUCAUCACGGACCGUGAAGCCUUCAAGUACCUCGUCCUAGACGACGAGAUCAAGAUGACAGUCAAAGCUCUCAUCGGCAAGUUCGCGGCAGCCGAAUCCGGCAAAGUCUCACCCUGGGCCAACGACUUCAUCAAGAACAAGGGCGAAGGCCGCAUCUUCCUCCUCCACGGCGCCCCGGGUGUCGGCAAGACCUGCACCGCCGAGUGCGUCGCAGAGCUGACCAACCGGCCCCUCAUCUCCCUCACCUCGGGCGACCUCAGCGUCAACUCGCACAGCGUGGAACACAACCUCUCCUACUUCCUCGAGCUGGGACAGCGCUUCGGCGCCCUCGUCCUCCUCGACGAGGCGGAUGUCUACCUCGAGCGCCGCCGCGCAAAGGACAUUGCCCGCAACGGUCUCGUCUCCGUAUUCCUCCGCGCGCUCGAGUACUAUCGCGGCGUGCUCUUCUUGACCACCAACCGCGUCCAGGCGUUCGACGCGGCCUUUACCUCCCGCAUCCACGUGGCGCUGCACUACAAGAAUCUGACGGACGUUGACCGCGAGCGCAUCUGGGCCAACAACUUUGAGCGCCUUGACAGGGACUCGCAUGGUCGCGUGCGGGUUGCGGUCGCUACGCGUGAGUACGCCUACGAUUCGCGCGACGUGCGCGCUCUGCGGUGGAACGGGCGUGAGAUCCGCAAUGCUCUUCAGACGGCGCUGGCGCUCGCCGAGAGCGAUGCUGCGGAGGAAGGUACCGAACGAUUCACUGUUACGGAUAAGCACCUGCGGGCUGUGGUCAAGAUGAGCCGCGGCUUCAGGGACUACCUUCGUAGUGGGAGUGUCUAUGACGGAGAGAGCGAGAUCUGCGAGAGCGAGGGAGAAGAGGGGGAUAUCUACUCUGACUGA